GGGCUGCGGGAUACAAUCACUGCUCUCUCUUUUCUGUCAGAGGUUUCUUAAUUUCCUCUGGGGAGGGAAAUUUCUCUUCUUUAGCGCUGCUGCUGUGGUCAGGGAGCUGUUGUGCUUGAGCAUGGACAGAGUUCAUUGCGGGCUGCAUGGCCGCUGUCUCCCCACAGGCACUGCCUAUAUGCUGACCUGUUACUUCACCAGCUGGGCCCAGUGCAGGCCCGGUGAGGGUCGAUACAAUUGAAAUGUGCUUUUGGACUUAAACCUAAAUCCCAAAUGAUUCUUUUGGCAUCGGUUUGGGUUCUUCUCUGUGCUUUGACACGAAAUCACUGGAGAAACGAAAUGCUUGCAGAAAUUGUAGCGGAACCCUUGUGCCUGAGCUUGGGAGCAGAGCUUGCUGGAGAGGCACUGCCUAUGUGCUGACCUGCUACUUCACCAACUGGGCCCAGUACAGGCCCGGUGAGGGGCGAUACACCCCUGAGAACAUCGACCCCAACCUGUGCAGCCACCUGAUCUACGCCUUCGCCGGCAUGAACAACAACGAGAUCACCACCUACGAGUGGAACGACGAGACCCUGUACAAGUCCUUCAACGGCCUCAAGAACCAGAACAGGAACCUGAAGACCCUGCUGGCCAUUGGAGGAUGGAAUUUUGGCACAGCCAAGUUCUCCACCAUGGUCUCCACGCCCCAGAACCGCCAGACCUUCAUCAACUCCGUGGUCAGGUUCCUGCGCCAGUACGGAUUCGACGGGCUGGACCUGGACUGGGAAUACCCCGGCUCCAGGGGCAGCCCUGCCCAGGACAAGUCUCUCUUCACCGUGCUGGUUAAGGAGCUGCUGGCAGCCUUCGAGCAGGAAGCCAGGCAGACCAACAGGCCCCGGCUCAUGGUCACCGCCGCUGUGGCCGGAGGACUUUCCACCAUCCAGUCUGGCUACGAGAUCGCCGAGCUGGGCAAGUACCUGGAUUACUUCCACGUCAUGACCUACGACUUCCACGGGCCCUGGGACGGCUCCACGGGCGAGAACAGCCCCCUGUUCGCCAGCGGCAGCACGCUCAGCGUUGAGUACGCCAUGAACUACUGGAAGAACAACGGCGCCCCAGCUCAGAAGCUGCUGGUGGGAUUCCCAACCUACGGGAAGAGCUUCACCCUGCAGAGCCCCUCCAACACCGCCAUCGGCGCCCCCAGCUCCGGGCCCGGCCCCGCCGGACCCUACACCAGGGAGGCCGGGCUCCUGGCUUACUACGAGAUCUGCACCUUCCUGAGCUCUGGAGCCACCCAGACUUGGGAUGCCCCCGAGGAUGUCCCCUACGCCUACAAGGGCAGCGAGUGGGUCGGCUACGACAACGAGAAGAGCUUUGGCCUCAAGGUGGACUGGCUGAAGAAGAACAACUUUGGAGGAGCCAUGGUGUGGACCAUCGACCUGGAUGACUUCACUGGCACCUUCUGCCACCAGGGCAAAUACCCGCUGAUCUCCACGCUGAAGAGGGGCCUGGGGCUGUGAACGUGCAGCUGCACAGCUCAGUCCUGACGUCCCUGCAGCUGCUGGGGGUGCAGGUGGCAGUGGGAGUGCAGGAGGAGCUGCAGGGCUGGUGACAGAUCCCGAUCCUGAUCCUGAUCCUGGAUCCUGAUCCUGAUCCCGAUCCUGAUCCUGGAUCCUGAUCCUGAUCCCGAUCCUGAUCCUGGAUCCUGAUCCUGAUCCCGAUCCUGAUCCCAAUCCCGAUCCUGAUCCUGAUCCUGAUCCUGGAUCCUGAUCCCGAUCCCGAUCCCGACCCUGACCCUGACCCAGCCCAGUGAUCCCUCUGAUCCCAUUGCACACAAUGAUUCAAUAAAGCUUUUCUCAAAACCAACAA